AUGGCUGACGCCCAUACUUCUCGACUGUGCGUUCAAAUAAUUCAUUCACACUUUGGCAGCCUGACAGCAAAGGUUGCCUCGGUCCUUCUCACUCGUGGACGGCUGACGUUGCCCAGCCUUGCUCGCUACUCGGGAUUGAAGACUCGUACCGUUCGCGCGGCCGUGCUCGUUCUAGUCCAACACAACAUCCUCUGGCAUGCUACCCUAGACAAGGAGGGGGAGGUCUUAGAGGUCAAUAUAGAAGAAUGCAUGAUGAGACUGAGGUUUGGAAAAUAUACAUGGCAGGCAGAAGAGCUGUUUGGGAAAGCGGGUGCACAGAUUGUUCAGCUCAUCCUCGACCACGGCAAGCUUCGUCCGCCAGAUAUCAUCUCGGAACUGUCCAUUCUUGAUCCUAAAGGCUCGGCAGUAUACUCUCAGGCACUAUACAAACUCGUGGAGGAAGGAUAUCUAAAGCCAUCGACAGUUCUCUCUCACGAGUCUCCUCGCGACAAGCUCAUCAAAUACGAAGCAGAAGAGAAGGCCAAAAUUGUUGGUUUUCCUACGUCGAAACAGCUCAAGGAGGCACGGGAGACUGCUCAAGCACGGAUAAAACGAGAAGAGAAGGAUGCCGAGGGUGUUGGCAUAAAGCGGAAAGCCAAGAAUCAGCCAGGCCAACGGUCUGCUAAACGUAAAGCAACUGAAAGUACUGGCGCUUUAGAGGACUCCGUAUAUUUUCGACUAAACUUCGACAAAUUUAACAUACAUAUCCGUAAUUCGCUCAUUGAAAAAGCAGUCAGAAAACGCUAUAAUGAUGGCGCCGCUCUGAUUGUCAGAGCUGCCUUAAAAGUAACCGAGUCAUCUCAGAAGACUCUCCUUGAAAACAGAACAGAACCUAUAUCCGUAGCUAAUAUUGCUAUGCAGCUUUCUGACGAAGACGACCUCUCUUCUGGACUAGUGUUUUCAUCCAAGAAGGGGGCGUCGAACACGACUUGUAUCAAGGAAUACCUUGGUAUCAUGUCAAAUGCCGAUAACCCCACGCCUGUCGGGAAAGCGUCAUCAUUCGUAUCGUAUGAUUCACAGAAGGUGUACGUCGAAUUCGACUUGAUCGCGAAUCGGCUGCGUAGGAAUGUUUUGGAGGCUGUGACGAGAGAACGGCACGGAACCGAGGGUGUGAGAAUAGUACGGCUGUUGCUGGAGACCGGGAAGAUGGACGAGAAACAGAUAUCUAAGAUUGUAAUGAUGGCACCCAAGGAUGUACGGCCGCUACUGUCUGCUCUCGCGGCGGAUUCUCUUGUGAGCACCCAGGAGGUACCUAGGAGCGCAGACCGCGCUCCUUCGAGGACUUUCUAUCUUUGGCACGUUGACCUUGCCAAAGCCUAUUCCAUGAUACUGGGUCAACUGUACAAGACACUGUAUAAUAUCAGUAUGCGACGUCAAGCGGAGAAGGAGGAGCCUAUAUUGAAAGCUGUGCUGGAGAAGCGAGAACGAAGCGACGUGCGCUUGGACGAGAGUCUGUUAACGAAUCUCGACAAAGACAUCAUCAAGGAGUGGGAGCAGAAGGAGGAGAAAUUGACUAUCUUGGAGAUGCGUGUUGAGGAGAGUGUGUUCAUUCUUCGUGAUCUUUCUGCUGUUUCUCAAGGAAUGGAUGAUUAAAAUACUUUGUGCAUCGUCGUGCUUCCAUCUUGGCUUUAGUGUCCCUGAACAAGGCGUCAUGGUUAAGUAUGCGGACAGAACAGUCACUACCAGGUGUUUCGGCAUAUGUAUGUGGGGCAACUCGCACAGCCGCAGUGACGAUAACGAUACGCGGGUAAAUGGACUACGAGACUUGCUCUGCUGGAGCAAAUAAUAUAAAAAAAGGAAUGCACUAUAGCUACAUAUUCUAUGGAAAUGUGAAGUACCGUACCGAAGCCAUUGUACACUACAUUCAACAACUGGCAGAAAUCAAUACAAUAUAGAUAUAUAUAUCGGCGCUGGCGUAAGGCUUACUAUCGUGGAACAUAGUACCUGAACGGAAACUCGUGCUGCUCGACAUUCUGUGUUGUUUCGUUUGUCCGUGAGUGUGUGAUAUUUUCC